UGGCUUGUCUCUGGAAUGCUCUCCGUCACUCAGUUUCUCAGUUACUCAGACCUCAGCUCGUCUAGAGGAGAGCAGCUACUGCAAAUCAACCUGUCCAUCAUGGCUGUGAAUAUCCCAGGUGUGGUAGUGAUGCUGCUUUUCUAUCUGCUGGUCCUUGGGAUCGGAAUCUGGGCUUCUUUCAAGUCCAAAAGGGUGCAGAAGAAAAGUGAAGCCAAUGGAAUGGAGAUGGUCCUGCUGGGAAAUCGGGGCAUCAGCUUUGUGGUUGGCAUCUUCACAAUGACAGCUACGUGGGUUGGAGGAGGCUUCAUUGUUGGCAUAACUGAGAUGAUGUACACACCAUCUAUGGGACUGACCUGGACACUGAUCAUGGUGUCAGCAUACAGCACAGCUUUCAUUCUUGGUGGCCUGGUGUUUGCCAAACCAGUGAGAGACAAAAAAUAUAUGACGAUGCUCGACCCUUUCCAGAUCAAAUAUGGGAAAGGACUAACAGCUGUACUGUCCCUGUGUUCACUUUUCAUUGAUGUGUUCUGGGUGGCCAUAACACUAAUUGGUCUAGGAGCAACCGUGAGUGCAGUCUUGGAUUUGUCCUACGUUGUGAGCAUCUGGAUCUCUGCUGCUGUUGCCAUCACCUACACACUGUUGGGAGGUCUCUACUCUGUGGCCUACACAGAUGUUAUACAGCUUGUCCUCAUAUUUGUGGGCUUGUUCAUCUGUGUUCCCUUUGUUAUGAUGAACCCUUCCUCAUUAAACAUUAGUGAGACUCUGUUCAACAACACCUUACACGCUCCCUGGAUUGGUACACUACAGCUGGAACGGACCUGGAUAAUGAUUGAUGAUUUCAUAUACUGGGUGGUGAGCAGUUUGGGAAGUCAAUGCUUCUACCAGAGAAUCUUAUCAUCUUCCUCUUCAGCCACAGCCAAGCUCACAUGCAUCGCUGCAGCUUUCCUGGUUGCUGUGUUUGGGGUGCCUCCUAUUCUGUUUGGGGCUGUCGUCUCAUCCACAGACUGGAACCUGACCUCCUAUGGUUCUCCAUCUCCAUAUGAACGUGGGGAAGCAGCUCUCGUCCUGCCCAUCGCCCUGCAGCACCUCACGCCACAGUUUGUCUCCAUCAUUGGUAUCGGAUGUGUGGCGGCUGCCGCGAUGUCAUCAACUGACUCAGCUUUGCUUUCUGCAGCUUCUGUUUUCACCUCCAACAUAUACAAGAACAUCCUGAGACCUCAGGCAUCAGAAAGAGAGAUUCUGUGGUUGGUCCGUGGUGCUGUGGUUGUUGUGGGUCUGGUUGCUACAUCACUGACCAGCCUGUAUAACAGCGUAGUCAUUUUCUGGAUGCUUGAAGCUGAAGCUGCGUACAUCAUAAUCUUCCCUCAACUUGUCUGCGUCCUCUUCUUUAAAAUCUCCAAUGGUUACGGGGCUAUUCUAGGUGGUCUGGUGGGACUGGGGUUAAGACUGCUUAGCGGAGACCCAACACUUGGACUGCCAGUUGUCCUACAUUUCCCAGGAUGCACUCUUGAGGACGGUGUGUAUGUACAGUACUCUCCAGUUAAGAUCAUCUCCAUGGCAUCUGCCAUUGGGUUCAUCUUGCUGUUCUCCUACCUGGCAUCUAUUCUCUUUAACAAAAACCUGCUUCCUGAGAAGCUGGAUGUGUUCAAAGUGAAAGUCCAGCACUCACCUGAACCAGCGACAUCUGCAGGUGAUGCUCCAGAACACAAUGACAAUAAGACACUGGCAUCAGAGCCAAUGAUUAGCACAAAGUGUUAGCAUUCCUGUGUCGCCUUUGUUUUCUUGAAGCAUUAUAUAGACCAGUCAGCACUGCUAAAUACCCCUUAAGUGCAUCACUUUGGACAUUUCUUGCACAGUCAGUUUGUGAAGACAACCACCUCUAGGCAGAUUUACACAUGUGCAAUAUUCUUCAGUUUUUUCUUGAUGCAUUGAACUGUACUUCCACUGUAUCUAUCCUCUGACUUUUUCUUUUCUGUAACCUUUUCAAAGAGUUGCUUGGAGAGUUAUUUUGUGGUCAUACUGUGGUUAUCACCAGGGAAAAUGAUUUGCCAAUGACUGGACCUUUCAGAUACAGAUGUCUUCAUACUACGGUCACUUCUGACAUAUUACUUGCACUCAGAUAAUCUCCAUUUCAUGAACUAUGUGAUGUCUAGCUCCAAAUGGCUGCAGCUGUGAUGAAUUACAUGAGUCGCUACAAUGGGAGUGAAUACUUGUUCAAUCACUAAUUACUCCACCAAGGACAAUCAGCAUUGGUUUGACUGUCUGUUUGCAACAUUACUCAACAAUGGAUUAGCAGAUGUUGAUUUAAUUUUUAGGGAAGGCAUUAUAAAAUUAUAAUGAUGUCAUGAAUGAAAUGUUCUUUAAUUAUAAUGAUGUCAUGAUUAAAUGCGCUUUAUGAUGUCACACUACUGUAUAACUGUGUGACUGGGAACUCAUAUAACCCAUUGCACUCAAUAAAUUUCCAUUAUCUAACUUUAACCAUAAAAAUAUAACAAGUUUGUCGUGCAAGCACUUGGUUGAAACUGGCUGCUCAGAAACUGAUAAUACCAGUGAAACUUGUUCAUGUGCCUGCUUAAAAACUAAACUGUUUCCACCUAUUGUUAGUCACUCAUUCAGACUCUGCUCUGUUCAAGUGAUUCUAUGCUGCAAGUAAAACUUUGCUUUGACUUGA